GAGGCGCGCGGGCGGGCGGCGGAGGGGGCGCGGGGAGCCCCCCGCCCCCCGAAGGAGGAGUCUGGCUCCCACUUGCAGCCUCGGACGCGCGGCGAGGCGGCCGCCGCCGGAGGAGCCCCCGCCCCUGCGCGCCUCCCUCCCGGGAGCCCCUGCCUCCCUCGGUGCGCGCUGCUGCUCGCGGCCGCCGCGGCCGCCGAAGAGGAGCCCGGGGCCAGUCUGUCUCCAGGUCUGGCGGGGGGCCGGGCGGCGGCGGCGGCGGCGGGAGAUGCCCGGGCGGCCAGCGGAGGUCCAUGUGGCGCUCUAGGUGGGAUGCCGGCGUCCUGAAGGCGGAGGCCCUGGCUCUCCUCCCCUGCGGCCUGGGCAUGGCGUUCUCCCAGUCCCAUGUGAUGGCCGCCCGGCGGCACCAGCACAGCCGGCUCAUCAUCGAGGUGGACGAGUACAGCUCCAACCCCACCCAGGCCUUCACCUUCUACAACAUCAACCAGGGCCGCUUCCAGCCACCGCACGUGCAGAUGGUGGACCCGGUGCCUCACGAUGCCCCCAAACCUCCAGGCUACACCCGCUUCGUCUGCGUCUCUGACACCCACUCAAGGACAGACCCCAUCCAGAUGCCGUACGGCGAUGUGCUGAUCCAUGCUGGGGACUUCACCGAGCUGGGGCUCCCGAGUGAGGUGAAGAAAUUCAACGAGUGGCUGGGCAGCCUGCCCUACGAGUAUAAGAUUGUGAUCGCAGGCAACCACGAGCUGACCUUCGACCAGGAGUUCAUGGCCGACCUGAUCAAGCAGGACUUCUACUACUUCCCAUCUGUGUCGAAGCUGAAGCCGGAGAACUACGAGAACGUGCAGUCGCUGCUGACCAACUGCAUCUACCUUCAGGACUCGGAGGUCACCGUGCGGGGCUUCCGGAUCUACGGCUCCCCGUGGCAGCCCUGGUUCUACGGCUGGGGCUUCAACCUCCCACGAGGCCAGCCUCUGCUGGAGAAAUGGAACCUCAUUCCCGAAGGCGUAGACAUCCUGAUAACCCACGGACCGCCACUGGGCUUCCUGGACUGGGUCCCCAAGAAGAUGCAGCGGGUGGGCUGCGUGGAGCUGCUCAACACGGUGCAGAGGCGCGUCCAGCCGCGGCUACACGUCUUCGGCCACAUCCACGAAGGGUAUGGUGUCAUGGCAGAUGGGACGACCACCUAUGUGAACGCGUCCGUAUGCACUGUGAACUACCAGCCCGUGAACCCGCCCAUAGUCAUCGACCUCCCCACACCCCGGAACUCCUGACUGCUCCCCGCUGCCCCAGCCCUGCCCGCCCACGUCAGCUCCAUAGGCCUUGCCCGGCCACUGUUCCUUCCAUGCUGAGUCGCCUGGAUGAGCCAUCUGGCUGCAGGGACUGGCCUAGCAGGCAGGUCGGGGUCUUGGAACGACUCUUCAGCCUUCUGUCACCUGGAGCUGGGACCCUGCACAUCCCCAUCAGGGGUUCUGUGCUCAUUACUUUUUCUGCGUGUACAUCCUGUGUGUACCUUGUUAAAGAACCUUCUAAGCUCAUGGCCCUGUCAUGUUUGGGAAAUGACUGAAUCUUCAUUCUUCUCACUUGGACGUCCUCCUGGUUUGGGAAGCUGCUGCUCUUGAAUGGGUUUUGGAAAUUACGCGGAAUCUCCCUCUGACCACAGAUCUGCGUGGCUGUGGGAAGACUGUGGGCACACGCGGGCAGUCCUUGCUCUCCCCCCAAGUGAGGGAGGAGACAGGCCCAAGGCGGAGGCCCUCCGGGGAGCAUUUAGGGACAUCUCAGGAAUUCAGACCGCACCUGGCCAGGCCCACCGCAGUUUUGCCUGGCAUUGUCCCCCCCUCUUCUUCCUGUAGGCAUUUCUGUUGACUUUAGCAAUGGCCUGAGUGUCCCAGGUACUCACCCGGAGCCUGGACCAUGGGGGCUGGUUCUACGGGAUGAGCUGCCGGUGUGUGUGCCCAGGACCAGCGAGAGGGUUCCCCAAGGGGGGACGACCCUUGGCCCCAUGGGGACCAUGCUGCUCUGCAGAACUCAGGAGCCUGGAGGGAGGGUCUGCAGGCUGAGGCUGCAGCAGCUCUGCCUGCCGUGGCGUGAACCCGUAUCCAGGCAUGCACUGACACACGCGCACGCAUGCACCCCUCUUAGUUUGACGAAGUAGGUCCUGUUUCUCCUUUCUGCCCCGCAGUGAGGUUCUGUUCCUUGGUGUGGUUUCCCUUGCACCGUUAGGAUUCUGUCUGGCAUCCGCCUGCAGCUGAAGGAGCCUAAAAAUCCUUGUUGUCCUCGGACCAGCCAGCCCUGUGAAUGGGAAGCUGUUUCCACCCCCCAUCUGCCCAUCCAUCACUCAUUCAUCCCUCCAUCCCUUCGUCCAUCCCUCCCUCCACCGCCAUUCAUCAUCCAUCCCCCGUCUAUCCUCCUGUGAACGGGAGGGUGGCACAGGAACAAAGCGGGCCCCAGGCUCCAGCAGCUCCUCCUUGGACAGCAGCUUUUUCUUUGAGUUCGGACUGGUGGGGUGGGGGGCAGGGCAGAAGUGGGAACACGUAGGGCAGGGGCAGGCAGGCAGGCAGAAACGGACGGGCAAGUGCCGGGGCGGAUUCUGUCCUUAUUUAAUAUUUUGUUCAUCAUGGACUUUUUCUUUUGCAUUUCUUUUGAUUUUUAACAUCGCAUUAAAGUAGGAUUCUUUGUCCUGGUUGGUGACUAUUUUGCACCCCCUUGACGUUGUACAUCUGAGAGGAGGGGGUCACUCCCUCACCAGGUCCCAGUGCGGGGAACUAGCCUGCAGUGAGCCCUUUGUAGUCUCAUUUCACCCUAAGAUGGCCCUUCAAGGUAGGUACUUUGUCCCCAUCUUAGAGAUGAGCGGCUGGGGCCAGAGGGGUGUGGUGACUCGCCUGGGGGCUCACAGCACAGGAGGAGCUGAGGCAGGAUCUGACCCUCGGUCUCUGGCCUCAUGGCCCUCGCUUUGCCAUGACCCGAAGUUAUGUCCCUACAAAGCAAUGCAUGGUCCGAGGCUCUUCUUAUUGUAUUUUUAUUUUGAAGGGUCCUGUUCAAAACUGGUCUGAGCUCUGAGGAGUCCUGAGCCCUGGGCGCAGCAUCCCGGCAUCCCGGGAGACGGGGAUUCCUUUUCUGCCCGCGCCGAGCCGGGCUCCCUGAGGGGUGGGGCUGCUGUCUCUGGAGGCUUGAGCUGAGGCUGAGCGCUGUGGGGCGCAGGGCUCUGGGAACCCCGUUUGGCCGAAGGGGCUCCUGUAGCCGGGAUGUGUACGAGGUCUCUCCGAUGCCUCAGGCGCAGGAUGUGCACGGUGGACGAAACCUGACCCUUUCAGUGCCAGCUCCGCCCAAUUUCUAUGUGGACCAAGAACUUCAAACUCAAAAACAUUUUUUUCCUAAGGUAUCUUCAGAAUAUGGUGUAUUUUUAUGUGGAAAAGAAAAGUUAUGACGGCAGCUGUUACUUUAAGAGAAAAUUCGUUAGGAGUCCUCGAGGUAUGGAGAUGACGGCGUGAACUUCAAUCAUUUUGGCAUAACUUGAUUGUGGCUGUAAUUUUUUUUUGUCAAGCAUGUCAGACAAUAAAGUCUUUGUAAAAA